AUGGCGGACGAUUACCAUGAUGCAGAGAAAUGUGCAGAGACUAGUCAUACCAGCGGUCCUCUAACGAAAACCGCAACUGCUCACGAAAUCCUAGCAACAGACCAGGCCAGUUCCAAUUCGGAAGAACCCACGACUCCUCCUCAAAAUGAUGUUGCAGCUGCAAUCGACCUCGAGCGUAGCGGCACUCGUGCUUCUUCCGGGGUGGAAUACUCGGUCUUCUCGACUGGGUGGAAGAGGUAUAUUGUGAUAGCAGCGUCGAUGGCAGGAUUCUUCUCGCCGCUUUCGUCCCAGAUCUAUUUCCCUGCCAUGAACACUUUGGCGCAGGAUCUUCAUGUCUCGAUUUCCGCGAUUGAUUUAACCAUGACUAGUUAUAUGAUCUUCCAGGGCAUUGCACCUGUUUUCAUUGGCGAUUUCGCGGAUAACGCUGGUCGACGACCGGCCUACUUCCUCUGUUUCGUCAUCUACCUUGUGGCCAACAUCGGCCUGGCUUUGCAGAACAGCUAUGCAGCUUUGAUAGUGCUUCGAUGCGUGCAGAGCGCGGGGAGUAGCUCUACCAUUGCGCUGUCUGCAGGCGUGAUAGCGGACGUCGCCUCUAUCGAAGAGAGGGGCAGUUAUAUGGGAUUCUCCACGGCCGGUUCAUUACUCGGCCCAGCGCUGGGACCCGUCAUUGGCGGUCUUUUGGCCGAGUUUCUCGGAUGGAGGUCCAUAUUCUGGUUCCUGGUCAUUAUUGCCGCCCUCUGGCUGCUGCAGUUUCUCAUCUUUUACCCGGAAACGGGACGCAAGAUUGUCGGCAAUGGCUCCAUCCCACCGCCGACAUGGAAUAUGUCGCUGGUCGGCCUGCUCAAAGCUCGCAAAGUAUUAUCGUCACCAUCUGAAGAGGAGGAACGUAUCGAGAGCAGUCUAUCGCUGCCGCCGCGCAAGCUUUCGAUCCCGAACCCUCUUCCGGCGCUCGCCAUCGUUUUGGAAAAGGACACUUCCUUGCUGCUAAUAUGCAAUUCGAUUUUCUUCGCUGGCUUCUACGACGUCACAGUGGCCAUCACAUCCCUAUACCAGGAGAUAUACGAUCUGAACGACCUCCAGAUCGGCCUGUGCUACCUCCCUUUUGGCGCAGGCGCGUCUCUCGCGGCAUUCGCAAACGGCAAAUUCCUCGACUUCAACUACCGGCGCAUCUCAAAGCAGCUGGGAGUAUCCGUGGUGCGGAAUCGACAGGCAGACCUCAGGGAUUUCCCCAUUGAGAAAGCGCGCCUUCAAAUCGCGUUUCCGUUGAUUCUGGGCGCCAUCUGUCUGGUUAUUGCGUUUGGGUGGGUGUUAGAUUAUAAUGUCUCUGUCGCUGCGCCUAUCGUGAUUACCUUUUUCAUGGGGUUUUGCCUGACGGGCUCCUUUAAUACUGUCAGCACGCUGCUUGUCGACCUGUUCCCGACCAAGGCGGCGACGGCGACGGCGGGGAGUAAUAUUACUCGUUGUCUGCUGGGGGCUGGUGCUACGGCGGUUAUUCAGCCUAUGCUGGAUGCUAUGGGUAGGGGAUGGUGUUAUACGUUUAUUGCACUGGUGAUGCUGUGCACGACUCCGUUGUUGUUUGUUCUUAUGAAGCGAGGGCCGCAAUGGAGGGAGGAGAGACGGCUUCGAGAGCUGGCAAAGAAGAUGUGA